AUGGCCACAAGCACUAGGUUGUUGCACUAUAGCAACCCUUUCUUCGUUUCCAUUAUUUCAAUUAUCAUCGUUUAUUUGCUCAUCAAACUAUGCACAAAACCAAAAUCCUCCGUCCACUACCCUCCCAGCCCUCUAGCACUGCCCAUUAUCGGCCAUCUCCACCUCCUAAGUUCCUCAUUGCCCAAGUCUUUCCAAACCCUAGCUCGCCGUUAUGGCCCCCUCAUGCGCAUACACAUAGGCCAAUCUAUCUUUGUUGUUGUUUCAGAUGCCGCUGUGGCGAAAGAGGUCCUGAGAAUCCAUGAGGGUGAGUUCGCUUCCAGGUUUGAAUUUGGUCCAGCUGAGUACAACAUCUACAAAGAUGCUGGUUUCAUCACCAGUCCUUAUGGCACGUAUUGGCGGUUCAUGAAAAAGCUUUGCAUGACAAAGCUCUUUUCCGGGCCACAGCUGGACAGGUUCAACCACAUCCGAAAGGAGGAGAUUAUGAAACUGCUGCAAUCAUUAAUGAAGAGAUCUAGAGAGGGGAAAUGGUGUGAUUUGAGUGCGGAGUUAGCCAGCUUGACCAACAACUUGAUAUUCAGGAUGGCAAUGGGCAAGAGAUUUUCAAAGGAUGGGAAUGAGGCUAACGAGAUGUGGAAGUUGGUGGUGGAGAUAAUGGGGCUUGCAGCAAAGCUAGGAGUCAAUGAAGUGCAUGGUUUGUUGAAGAAAAUUGACCUUUUCGGAAAUGGGAAAAAGCUUAGAGAGGCACUUGAAAGGUAUGAUAGGCUAGUGGAAGAGAUCAUCAAGGAUUAUGAAGAAAAUGGGUUGGAUAUUGGUGGGGGAAAUGAAAAUCUGAUGCAUAUUUUGUUGGAGACUUAUAGAGAAAAGAAUGCUGAACUGAAGAUAACAAGAGAUCAGAUCAAGUACUUCAUUCUUGAGUUGUUUAUUGCUAGCAUCGACACUUCAUCCGCAGCCAUACAGUGGGCCAUGGCAGAGCUCAUCAACCAUCCGAAAGUAUUCAAGAAGGUAAGGGAAGAGAUUGAUUCAGUUGUGAAGUCCAACAGGCUAGUCAACGAGUCAGACGUGCCAAACCUCCCUUACUUGCAAGCAAUCGCCAAGGAAACCUUGAGGCUGCAUUCUCCGGUGCCUAUAUUUCAUAGGGAAUGCACCAAAGACUGCAAGAUCAAUGGCUUCGACCUCCAGGUCAAAGAUAGAGUCCUGAUCAAUGCUUACGCUAUUAUGCGUCACCCGGAAGCGUGGAGUGACCCGGAUAAGUUUCUUCCAGAGAGGUUUUUGUACAACUCAUCAGGAGAAAACAAUGGUGAAUAUUUGAUGGAAAUCAAGGAUCAGGGUUUUUGGUUCCUUCCGUUUGGGGGUGGUAGAAGAGGAUGCGCUGGUUCCUUGCAUGCUUAUCUAGUUACGCAUGGGACAGUUGGUGCCUUGGUUCAAUGCUUUGAUUGGAAAACCAAAGAUGGGGAAAAGGUUGAUAUAAGUGUUGGGUCAGGCUUUUCCGGCGCAAUGGCACUUCCUAUGGAAUGUUAUCCUGUUUUACGUUUUGAUCCAUUUCAGAAAUGA